AAAAAAAAAAGGAGAGGAGGGGGAGAAGGGGGCCGAGUCAUGGAGCUUUAUUGCCUGGAGUCGGACAUAGCCGUGAAAGCCCAGCCUGACCCAAACAUCCUCUAUGAUGACAGAGUGUUGCAAAGUUUAUUAACAAUUGAGGACAGGUUUUUACCUCAGUGUUCAUAUUUCCAGCGGGUCCAGAAGGAUAUUCAGCCUUAUAUGAGACGAAUGGUUGCAGGUUGGAUGCACGAGGUGUGUGAAGAGGAGAAGAGUAAUGAAGACGUCUUCCCUUUAGCCAUUAAUUAUUUGGACAGAUUUUUAGCAGUGAUGCCCACAAGAAAGAAUUAUUUGCAGCUUCUGGGAGCUGUGUGCAUUUUCCUGGCCUCCAAGUUAAAGGACUGCAGGCCGCUUUCAGCAGAAAAACUUUGCAUGUACACAGACAACUCCAUCACACCACGGGAACUGCUGGACUGGGAACUGGUCGUGCUCGGGAAGUUGAAGUGGAACAUGGCCUCAGUCAUCCCCAAUGAUUUUAUAGAGCACAUCAUACGCAGGCUGCCCCUUCCCAAAGACAAGCUGGCGAUGGUCCGCAAACACACGUUGACAUUCAUUGCCCUCUGUGCCACAGAUGACCGCCUUGCCAUGAACCCUCCUUCCAUGAUCGCCACUGGCAGCAUGGGAGCUGCCGUCUGUGGCCUGCAGCUGGACCACACUGACCAGAGGCUGAGUCGAGACAACCUGACAGACCUGCUGGCCAAGAUCACCAACACAGAGGUGGAUUGUUUGAGGGCAUGCCAAGAGCAAAUAGAGCGUGUGCUGGCCACCAGCCUGCAGCAGGGGCAGCAGUACCGACAGGAGACCGGGGUCAGAGCAGGCAACAAGGCGAGGGAGCAACAAGACCAGUCCAGCACCCCCACGGAUGUACGGGACGUCAACUUGUGAACUCCCACCGCCACCCGACCCACACACACCACUCAUGAUUGUCCACCAAUGAACUAACUGGAGCGAGAGGGCAUGAGCUGCCAGUAAUGCCACAUGAGCGAUGGUGUGACGAUCUAUGAACUUUUAGAAAAUAAUAAAUUUCUAGUUUUUCUCCUUUUUUUUGCCCCAUUCAUACCCGGUGAGGUGUACUUCGACCUUUUGUACGGGCCACACGUAAUCAAACAAGCUAUUUAAAAAAAAAAACAGUAAAUUCUUGAAAACUUGAUAUAGUGCCUUAGGUUUCCCAGAAUGGAAAUCUGAAUAUAUUUUCAUACUUGAAAAAAAAAAACAGCAUAAUUAUAUGAAAUAUAUAUAUACGUAUUUUUCUUUUGUUA